AUGCUGAGAUCACUGCUGCUUUCCGAGACUUCUGCUAUCAGAUACACUCUCCAUAGCAGUAACAGAUGGCCAACUGGCGCGCUGUCGCGUAAAUCACAUCACGCCUCUGCGGCCAUCAUCAAGGCAUACGAACUUAACGCUUCAAAGCAGGAGAAUGGCCUACAAUCUACCGAGGCUAUCCGUGAUCAACUAAGGUCGCUUCGGGGAGCUACUCUAUCUAAGCAGGAGGCAUUUCUCGCGUUACAGUUUUGCUUACGAGUCGGAUAUUUUGAGAAAGAUCUGCUGAGUAACUGCAUGUGUCUCGUAGAGUCAGGCUACUAUAAUCCUGUAUUGAAGACGCCUUGGAACGGAGAUGAUUCACCUCCUCUUAAAAAUGUUUCAGAACUUCCUAACAACUGCUUCGACGCCGUCAAUGGGAUGCCAAUAUCUGACAAGGCGACAAUGUGGCAAGAUAGACUCAUGAAAAUGCGGCGUACCCCUCGCGGUCAGAGAGAAACUCACACAUCACGUGGAAUAACCGACGUAGACCCGGAGAAGCGCGAAAUAUUCACUACGAGAAAGCUCGGUAAGGUAGUGGAUCCUAAACCGCUGCGGGUACGAGUCCGGGAUAUGCCACCUGGCAAGAAGCUAUGCAGCGCUGUGGCUUUUCAACUUAGGGAAGCGGUAGAUGGUGCAUCGUUAACAGAGCUGGGUGACAUCUCCACUAUGUUCGCCGCAAGGUUGCCGCUCAGCGGUCAGCUAAAUGAUGACACCAUGGAAUUGCUGGCAGAGAGGCUCGGAUAUUAUACGCCGGAAGAACUGGCCACACAAAUAAGUCAUAUUGCUAUAGUUUCCAGUGCAGCUACUGCGCGAUAUGUGGAAACGUGGUCGCACAGAAGAGCGCUGGGUAGCACGCGGGCAUCGCAGGCGCACAGGCUUUAUCGCAUAGGAAGGAAAACGCUGCCGAAGCAGUUUUUGACAAAACUGUCCGUGGCCGCCGAAUUAUACGCACGAGAAAGGGUGACACCGGUAGCUUUAGGGUUCCGAUUGGGAUACCACAUGGACGCAACAGAGCAACAGUUCUUCACGCUGCGUUCGCUGGCCCGAUCCGAUACGCCUCUAUCUAUGACACAGUGGGACUUAUUGCUCGCAUCUGCCGAAGAAAGCUUAGAUGGGGAUGCAGAGGUAAAUGCACGUUGCGUAAUAUGGUUGCUGGAUGCGAUCAACGCUGCGAAAUACACCACGCUAAGUACGAUCCACUUGGCCAGGAUGUUGACGGCAAAGUGCGAAAUUGCAUCAGAUGUGGAUCGCAAUCAUACGCAUGUCGAUACAUUUGAUGUAAAACCUAUGCUGCGCUUCGUUGAAGAGAAUUCUUUGGGUGAUGAUGCGAAGAGAAUCAUCAAAGCGGUCGCAGGCGUGAAUGAUUCCAUAUCAGACUCUUGA